AUGUCCAAGAUAACGAAAGAGACAAUUGGUUCAAGGAAAAAGUUAUGUAUCAUCAGGAAGAGAUUGGAUGGGAAAAUUGCAAUUGUGACAGGAUGUAACACUGGAAUCGGUUUUCAUACAGCCAGUGAAUUAGCUCGUCGUGGUGCAACAAUCAUUAUGGCAUGUAGAAAUAUGGAACGAGCCAACGAAGCUAGAACUCGUCUGUUGGAAAUGUAUGGUAAGAUUAAUGAGAAAAGUGAAGAAACCGAUGUUGCAUGUAGUCAAGUGAAGUCAUCUUUAAAGCCCAUCUUUUGGAAUCAGUUGAUAAUUGAACAGCUUGAUUUAGGUUCAUUGAAAUCAAUCAGAGAAUUCGUUGAUAGAAUUAAAAGUACAUACAAAAAAAUCGAUUUUCUCAUCAAUAAUGCUGGAAUCAUACUACAAAACUAUACAACAACUGAAGAUGGUUUCGAAAUGACUAUGGGAGUGAAUUAUUUUGGACCAUUUCUAUUGACAGAAUUAUUGUUACCAUUGUUAAAGAAUGCUGCACCAUCACGAAUAAUAAAUGUGUCAUCUUCACUCCAUAAAGAUGGUCGCAUUCCAAAACCUCGUUUACAAUACAGUAAGAAAAAUUAUAAGGCAAUGAAGGCUUAUAGUCUAUCAAAAUUGGCAAAUGCAAUGCAUAUUAUUGAAUUAAGUGAACGUUUGAAAGAUUGUGGUGUAGUAGCUGUUAGUUUACAUCCUGGAGCUACCAGUACUGAAUUGAUGAGGAAUCUGACAAGUUUUCCUAUGAAUGUUCUGAAAAAAUUUAUUCCGUAUGUACUCAUAACACCAUGGAAAGGUGCACAAACUACUCUAUAUACUGCACUAACAGAUAACUUGAUUCCUGGAGGUUACUAUUCAAAUUGCACAUUGAAAAUACCUUCAAAAUAUGCUCGAAAAGUGGAAGAUAGAAAAUGGUUUUGGAAUAAAACAUGUGAACUAUUGAAUAUACAAUGUGGUAACUAAAUGUGAAUGUAUACACAUGUAGAAUGUGUAGACAGAAUUCUGU